AUGUCUACCGCAAUAGCAUCUGCCCCCUUGACUUCACCACACCCGACCCGCAACCCCAGCCCGCGAAACCUUCCAUCGUUGGCUCCCCCUUCAAACCCAUCCCCUUCCCGGAUGUCGACGAGUUCCAAGGAUGGCGCAAAGGGGUCCCCGACCGAGAAGCGAGGCCCCGGGUCUCCUCAAGGGACCGGCCCGCAGAUCACCGUCAAAAAGGAACCCGGGUCAUCGCCACGGAUGCAGAGUCGACCGCGGCCUCGUAAACUAGACCUUUCCACCAGUCUCCCCUCCAGCAGCCUUUCAGUGCGUCCGCCCGGAGGGCCCAUGACAGCCUCGCUCCAAGACGUGGGCCUGGCCUGCUUGUCGCCGGGCUUCCAAACUCACGAUCCGAUCAUGCGCGAGCAGCUACAGCGCAGUCUCUCGGUGCGGGACCAGCAGCGUUCCAUUAUCGAGCAGCGUAUGCAGAAAUCCGCCAAGGAUACCGGACCUGAUGGCGUUCCGCCCUCCGAAUCGAUGGGCAUGCCCAAGACCGCAAAGCGCAGGCCCCCAGGCCUCUCCAUUGUGCCCCCCUCCGCGUCUCAGUUUGCCAACGAGCGAGUAAUUCAAUCGGCCCCGCUGAACCAGACCUUCACAGGCCGGUAUCAGCCUCAGCCAUUGACCCGCCACGUCGUCAACCAGAGCCCGACCCUGGGCGCAACCUCCCACAUGCACCAGCUGCCAGCUGCUCAGACCAAUAACCGUCUUCCCCCGCUAUCCGACGUAUUCGGCUCCGAGACCCUGAAUCGCGACCGCGAUCCCGCCAUGGGCAACAUUCACCUCGCCUCCAGCAACUCCUCCCAAUCCAACAACCUGGCCCCAAUGCCGUCCCCAGGUCUUCCAGCCUCCCAAACCCCGAGCCGCCCGCGCGAGUAUCGCUCCGCCGAGGAAGCCGUACAGGAAAUGUCUGGCGGACGCGAGGAUCUUCUCCCUCGGAUUGUCCACUAUGGAGGCCACCAGCCGCCCACCCCACCAUCGCCUCAGAUCAUCCACGCCGGCCCCAAGACCGCCCCUCUCGCUCCAGAGCCUCGAGCACCCGGUCCGCCGCCCGCGUCCUUUGGCAUGUUUGCCCCAUCCGAUACCACCGCCCGCCGACGCCCGAGAAGCGAGUACGAGCAGGAUAACGGAACACCUCCUCUCGGCCAUGGCCCUGACUCCCAGUACCGCGCCAACCCGGCGACAAACCCUGGCCCGCAUGCUACGUUCUCCGGGCCCUUUGGCGCGGGGCGUGACUCGCCUGAAACGCAGCGCAGAAAGAAGGAUGAGUUCCUUGGCCUCUGCGCUCGGGCUUGGGAUCUAUUCCAUUCGUGA